UAUGCGUCGCAAGAGCCGUGGAAUUUCAAUAAUAGCGUCCGAAAUAACAUACUGUUUGGCAGUGAAUACGAUGAGCGCAGAUAUAAUCGUGUGGUAGAGGUGUGCGCACUGGAAAGGGAUCUAAAAAUACUACCAUUUGGUGACAAAACAUUGGUCGGCGAAAAAGGGGUUCAACUAUCAGGUGGUCAAAAGGCCAGGAUCAAUUUGGCAAGAGCUCUUUACAGGGACACAGAUAUCGUCCUAAUGGACGACCCGUUAAGCGCUGUGGACACCGCUGUAGCCGAGCAUAUAUUUGAUAAGUACGCCACUGAUCCUGACGAGUACUUAUCGGACAAAAUACGAAUACUAGUCACCCAUCAAAUCCAAUUCGUACGUAAAGCCACGCAAAUACUGGUACUCAAUGAUGGCCGGUGUCUAGGAGUGGGCACCUAUGACCAGCUCCAGGCCCAGGGUCUAGACUUUAUGCAAAUACUCAGUGAACAGGAACGAGAGGCGGCCGAACACAAUAGGGAACUUCAGCGCACUCUGUCGGUCAGUAGUGGCCAUAAAGCGGAACCCAAUUUAUUGAGACCUAGGAAUCAAUCCCGGAGAGCAUCGGUAGCCCUUUCCGAAAUGGAAGUGGUAAAUACUGAGGUGAUCGAUGAUGAUUACACGGGUGACCCUAAAAUACAGGACGAACAGCGAGAGGUGGGUGCCAUUGACGGUAAAAUCUACUGGGAGUACAUUAAGGCAGGUGCCGGUCCCAUUCUGUUCACCCUGACAAUAUUAUCGACACUGUUUAUCAUAUAUAGCCUACCUGUCCAUAUAUAUAGGACUGACCUCAACCAGAGGGAAGGCCAUGAUAUAAGCGAUAGCGACCAGAGUCGGGGUAUCAUUAUAUACGCGGCACUUAUUGGCGCGUUAUUUGUGACGGCACUCAUGCGGACGACCACGUGGUUCGCGAUGUGUAUGCGGGCGUCCAUUAACCUACACAACAGUAUAUUCAUGCGAUUAUUACGGGCGCCUAUAGCCGUGUUUGACAAUAACCCUGUUGGUCGAAUACUGAAUCGAUUUUCAAAGGACACUGGUAUAAUCGAUGAAAUGUUGCCCACUACUGGGUUUGAUUUAAACAUGAGUAUGACCUUGCUACUGGGAACAUUUAUUGUGGUGUCCAUGGUGAACCCAUACCUAAUAAUUCCGGCAAUAUUUUUAAUUAUAUUCACUAUACUCAUACGGACCGUGUAUAUUAAAACGGCCAGGGAUAUUAAACGAUACGAGGGGCUAACACGUAGUCCUGUAUACUCUCAUGUUAGCACCACCCUAAAUGGUCUGGCUAGUGUGCGAGCUUAUGGUGCUCAAAAGGCUUUUGAAAAACAAUUUUACGUAUACCAGGAUGACCACAGCGCCACCUGGUUCCUAUUUGUGUGCUCGUCGAGGGCCUUGGGACUCGUGACUGACUACCUGUGCAUCGUAUAUAUCGUGGCCAUUUCGACGGUAUUAAUGGCAUUCCCCGAUACAGUAUCCGGGGGCGGGGUGGGCCUUGCACUAUCAUCAGUGCUUAUGUUAAUAAAUACGACCCAAUGGGGUGUCCGGCAGUCAACGGAAUUUGAGUCUCAAAUGACUUCUGUCGAGCGUAUCAUUGAGUACUCGAGAUUACCACAGGAGGCGCCACUAGUCUCACCCGUAAAUGACCCCUACCUUCAAACGCCACCACCUGAUUGGCCAUCUAAUGGACAGAUAACUUUCAAAAACAUGUCACUCUGUUACGAAGGCUCAGAUAAGCCGGUGCUUAAAAAUUUACUUUGCACAAUUAAGCCUGGUGAAAAAGUCGGUAUUGUCGGACGUACAGGUGCCGGAAAGUCGUCGAUCAUAUCAGCCUUGUUUCGUAUGUCGGAACCUACAGGUGUGGUUGAGGUGGAUGGGGUCGACACAAAAACUAUUGGUUUACAUGAAUUACGUCGACGUAUAUCAAUUAUACCGCAGGAACCGGUAGUUUUCACGGGAACGGUACGUCGUAAUCUCGACCCGUUUGCUGAGUUUACGGACAGUCAGAUUUGGGAGGCCUUGGAUGAGACACAAUUAAGGCAUACGGUGAAUGAGCUACCAGGCCAAUUGGAUGGGGAGCUUAGUGAAGGUGGGGGUAAUUUGAGUGUAGGCCAGAGGCAAUUAGUGUGUUUGGCCAGGGCGAUUUUAAGAGAUAAUAAGAUACUGGUGCUCGAUGAGGCUACGGCUAACGUGGACUUACACACCGAUGCACUCAUACAACAGACCAUAAGACAUAAGUUUGCAAACUGUACGGUACUUACGAUCGCACACCGACUCAACACGAUUAUCGAUUGCGACCGCGUUUUGGUGCUGGACGCGGGUGAGAUCAUGGAGUUUGACGCACCGUUCGCUUUGUUGCAACGAAAGGCAUAUUUCUAUGACAUGUGCCGUAAGACCGGUCGCGAGAUGUGCAACCAUUUGAUACAAAUGGCUAAAGAGGCACAUCUCAGACGCUAUAAUACUAUGGAAAUGGACGGGGAGGACGAG